UAUAAAUAGGCUGCUGAAACUUUUCCUUGUCAGUCUCCUAACUACCGUGGCCGAACAAUCCUAAAUUUAAAAAAGUGUUUGAACGUAAAGAGUACAAAAUGGAGUUGAGAUUGGGACUGCUUUUAUUCACAUUCGUGCAUAAAGUAAUAUCAAGUGAAGAUACAUCAUGUGAAGCUGUUGUCACUAAAAAUUCAGAACCAGGAUGUUUAUUGAAAGUAACAUGUAAACACCAUUUGAAAAAUAUAAAUUCACUAAUAGAAAAAGAUAAAAAAGAUGAAAAAGAUGAAAAAUGUUCUGGCAGUUCAGGAACAGUUCCGAUAAUUAACAUUCGUUUAGAAUUUUAUGAUGUGCCUUUCAACGAUGUAAACAAUCUAAAAGAACUUAAUUCUCUCAGUGAUGAAAUAUGUAAAGACGUAAAGUAUUUGACCAUCAAUGGCGGAGAAAUGACAGAGGUACCGGAAGUAGUUUAUAAUAAAAUGAAUAAUCUUGAGAGCAUUCAUUUAGAAAAUAAUAAUUUAGUAUCAUUAAAUAUACACAAAUUACAAAAAGAGAACUUGAAAAUUUUAAGUGUAUCUGGGAAUAAAAUUGACAAAUUAGUCGAAGAAGCUAGUAAAAACAAAUGUAAUCUUGAAAUAAUUGAUCUUAGUAAAAAUCGAAUUACUGACAUUCCAAGUCAUUAUUUUGCUACCUGCGAAAAAUUAAAAAAAUUGUAUUUAUCUUCUAAUGCUCUAAAAAAGCUAAAAAUUGAACAAUUCCAUGGACUUCAACUACUAGAAAUGUUAGAUUUAGCGUAUAAUAAAUUUACAGAUGUUGACCAUAGUUUAAAAAUAUUUCGAGAUAUUAAAGAGUUAUAUUUGGAUGGCAAUAAUUUCCAAUCUAUAUCUAAAGAUUUUUUUCAAUCAAUGCCGAAAUUAACAAUACUAGGUUUGUCCUCCAACAGAUUGACCAAUUUAAAUGGCAGUUUAGAGCCACUUGAAGAACUGACUAAAUUAGAUUUAAGCAAAAAUAAUUUAACAGCUAUUGAUGAUAAAAUAUUUUCCAAAAAUGGAAAAUUGGAGAAGUUAGAUUUGUCUGAUAACAAUAUCCUGGACAUACAGCCUGGAAGUUUUAAAGGUAAGCGUAUUACUGAAUUUAAUUUUGCAAACAAUAAGUUGCAAGGUACCCUCAAACGAGAAACUCUUGAUGGCAUCGACCCUAUUAAACUCGAUUUGAGCUUCGGGGGAAUUACGGAAAUAGAAGCCGAAUGUUUUGGUUCCAUGACAAAAUUAAAAGAGUUGCUAUUGAAUCACAAUCAGAUUCAGAAAAUUAAUGAAUUAGCUUUUAAAGGUGUAACAAGUUUAGAAAAAUUAGAUUUGAGUGAAAAUAAACUUAAUAUACUAAAUUUUCGAAGUGACUUAGCAAAAUUAAAAGAACUGAACAUAGCACAUAAUGAAAUAGGAAAUGUAAAGCCAGAAGUAUUUGAAAACUUGCGUGAUCUAUUAAAAUUAUAUUUAUCACAUAAUAAUAUCAAGGAAAUAUUACCUAAUACGUUUCAAAAACUAGAUAAGUUGGAAGAACUCGAUAUUAGUAACAAUCCUCUCGAAGAUAUAGAUGGAAAUACCUUUAAAGGUUUAUCUCAACUUCAAAAACUUUUAAUUUCAAACACAUAUAUGAAAUCUCUUGUAAGAGAUGUAUUUUCCGAAAUGACAAAACUUCAAUAUUUAGAUGCGUCUUCAAAUAAGAUCCAAAGUAUUGAAAAAGACACUUUUGAAAAUAACAAGGAAAUAAAAGAGCUCUAUUUAAGGGGAAAUAUGAUAAAAAAUAUUGAUGAAAUAUUAAAUGGUUUAGUUAAUUUAAGCAAAUUGGAUUUGAGCAAAAAUGAAAUAAAUUCAUUUACAAACGAAACAUUUUCUUCACUUCAUAAAUUAGAGUUUAUUGAUUUAUCUGAUAAUCAAAAUUUAGGUUUAAAAAACCCUUUUGAUAAUUUGAUUACAUUAACAACAGUGAAUUUGAAAAAUAUUAAAGAAGUCACUUUUGAAAAUAUUAUAAAUUCAAACAUCAAAAAUCUUGACUUGACAUCGUGCAAUAUAAUAGACCUCAACGCUGUUCACAUUGACAAAUUAAAGGAAUUAGAAUCAUUAAAACUUUGUAAUAACAAAAUACCAUCAAUAAAACUGGACUUAUUUGAGCAAAAUGAUAAGCUUAAACUACUAGAUUUGAGUCAAAAUCAACUAUCAGAAAUAAACCGCUCUAAGAAUUUCGAUUCAUUACAUCAUUUGGAAACCCUGAACCUUUCAUCAAAUAAUUUAAAAAAAUUUACACCUUUAUAUUUGCAAAGUAGUAAAACAGUCAAAAACCUUUUAUUAGAUAAUAACAACAUUGAUUAUCUAGACUUUGAAGGGUUUUCGCUUGCAGGAGUCGAAAAACUUAGCAUUAGUGGCAAUCCGAUUCUCUGUAAAGACAUAGAGGAAGCAAGAGCUAAAAAUUGGUAUGACGAUUUUAAUUUGACAGCAAUUAAAAAUAGCCUCAACGGUUGUCGUAAUCCAACUCCUCCCCCGACAGAACCAGGUAAAAGCCCUGUACCUGUACCCCACCCCACUGUAGAAGACCCUACAGAAUGGGCAAACAUGAAGCAACGUAUAAAAAAUACAGAUGAGAAAUUAACUCAGCACAUUAAUGAUUUUGAUACUAAUGUUAAUAAGAAAAUAGCAAACGAUCAGAAGGAAAUAUUAAAUACAGUCAAUCGUAUUGAAAAACAAUUUAAGCAACCUACAAAUACUGCAAAAAGUGACAAUUCUAUGAAAACCUUGAUGUACGUAUCGGCAAUUGGUGUAGUAUUUUCAAUAGUAUUUAUGUUGGUGAAAUGUAUUCUGAAAAUGAGGUCAAAAAAUAAAUAGUGUUGAAUAUAAUACCUAAAUACCCUUGUACACUUUCAUUCGUUUAAUUACAAUUAUUUUUAAUGGAUUUUAUAAUGUAGGUUAUUCGCCAGUUAGUUUUAAGCAGUGUUUGUACGUGAGGCAAUAUAUUAAUAAAUCGUGUACCUAGUGCACAUACGUGUGAAUUUUUUAUUGAUUUGUGUGGUGUAAAAACAUUGAUGUAUUUACUAUUUAUCUGUCUACGAGUAUUUAUACUGUACCUACAUCGGCUUUUCGUCACUGAUUACAUAAUAAUAUCAGACUGAUUUUAAAUUCUGUUUUAUCACACUUAUUAUUCGUUUUAUAAUGUACUUAGUGCCAGUAAUAAAAUGUAACUACUUAAAAUAACUAAAAAGUUUAAAUAAUAUGUGUCCUAAAUAGAAUUUAAUGCAAUAAACUAUUUAAGCCUGUA